AUGGACAAAUCUCAACCAGAUUACUUUGACUCCCAUCCUCUUCUUCAACAACCCAUCCUAUACAUUGCAGGCCUCCCUCCAAACUACGCAGAAGCAGAGAUCGCUCCCAUAUUCGAGUUCUGUAUCCCCUACAAACCCAGGCUAGCAAAGGACGGAUCGGGAACAGGCGCGCAUAUAUCUACCUGCAUACAUCUCACUUUCUCAUCUCUCACAGGUGUAAUCGAGUUCAAGACGCUAUUAACAGCAGAGAAGGCACUUGUCACGCUCUCCGCACGUCCACUUCCCUCCCUCCCACCACAAUCAGUCAUCGUCCUAUCUCCAUUUCCACCCAACGCUUUCCCAUCACCCAACGCACUUCCCACUCCGACGGCCGUAGCACGUUUAGUCAAGCACCUCCCGCCCGACUUGGGCGACGCAGACCUGUUCGAGCUCUUCCGUCCUUUCGGCCCUCUGGUCUCCGUCCGACGGCACACGGCCUUCGGACGGGACACGGGCCUUGUCGAAUUUUGGAGCGAGGAGCAUGCCCAGCGUGCCGAGCAGGCAGUGCACUGUGCAGACGUGGGCGGCUAUACUGUCGCUGUUCAGCCGUACAAUCCUCGUCGCGCGGCUGGAUCAGGCAGACCAGACGUCAACGCGCCCCCGUUCGUACCGCGCAGUGUGAGUGGUCCUAUGGGUGUGCCUAUGGGUGGGUUUCCACCAGCACCCAGCAUGGGAAGCCUACCCUCCCUUUCCAGUGGGCCACAGACACCCACAAGCCCGUACAGCUCGGCGCUGUACACCUCCCCCCGCGCCCCGCUGGGAUCGUUCGACCCUCAGUCGCCUGUCGGGGUCCAGUCACAGGUGUUCGUCCAUGGCCCUGGUCAGCAGAUCCAGCUUGCUCCUCUCUCUGGACCUGGCAGCACAAGCUCGAGCGGCCUCAUCGAUCCCUGCAACCUCUUUAUCAAGAACUUGGACUUUGACGUGGACAGCCAUAUGCUUUUUGAGGCAUUCAAACAGUUUGGAAGAAUAGUCAGCGCUCGCGUGAUGCGCAAUGACCAAGGUACCUCCAAAGGCUUCGGCUUUGUGUCGUUCCAAACGCCCGAUGAAGCAUCCACAGCCCUCCAAAUCAUGGACGGCAGCAUGCUGAACAACAAGCAAAUUGUGGUACGCCUACAUGAGCCGAAGGCACUGCGUCAGGAAAAGCUACGGGAGCGGUUCUCGGGGAAGCGGGGUGCACGUGCGAGCGGAGGAGCAAGUCCGGUGCACUCGGAUGGCACCGGAGGAGAGGAGGGCAUCCAAGCCGAGGCACCGGCCCCAAGGCCGAGGCGAGGCAGUGGGAGCUAUUUCGCUGCUGCCCUUCAAGGCAAUAUUGUUCUUCACCAGGACGAGCUGUCCUCACUCUCCCCUGUGGUGCGCAGGGAAGUCUUGCAUGGCGAACUCUCACGCAGGCUCAAGGAACUCGACAAUCCCGUUCCAGACGAAGAAGCGCCGAGCGUCAUCGAGGCACUCAUUGGUAUGCCGCUGGACGUGAUCGUUGAAGGGCUGCGGUCGAAGGAGGGUCUCGAGGCACUCACUGCGCGUGUUCGGGGCGAGGCUGCUCAAGCGGCACAGGCAGAGGAAGAAUAUCUAGAGGAAGGUAUGACCCCGCAUGCACCGUCGCACGGGAUCGAGCGGGAGAGAGCACCUUCCCAUCUCGAGCUUCCAGAGCAGAUGCUGCCGCAGCGCCCAGGCCCUUCACCGACGCAGGGUGUUCCUCUUGGCUUGUCCGCUUCUGCGCCGGAGCACCCAUCAUCUCCAGUCUCUCUCCCUGCACAAGCGACGACCAAGCCACUCACACCUGCGCCGCAAGGGGGCUCGAGCGCCGGCCAAACACCUACGACUGAGCGCGAGAAACUCCAUUUCAAAGUUACCGAGCUGGGCAGUGUGCCCGAGGCAGAAGUGGACGAGGUGGUCGACCUGCUUAUGACACUUACUAAGAAGGAGCGCGCGCUGUGCGCGUUCAACACAGAGUACCUCCGGGGUAAGGUCAGUGGGGCUAGGGAGGUGGUGCUCGCUGCGAAUGGGGAGGAGACGGACUCCCUUGCCGAUGCUGGUCCUGUCGCUGCCACUCCACCUGAGGAGGGAAACGGUAAGGCCUUACCUACCACACCCCAGCCGGUGGUCGCACCGACUCCUACCAGGCCGAUCGUCUCCUCACUUACGCCUUCUCCCGCUGCACAACCCUCAUACACGCUCGAAACGCUCGCCGCGCUUCCAGCAGCGGAGAUAAUGCGCGUCAUCCGCACACCCAAUAGCUCUGGCCUUCCUCUGCCCAAGGUAGAUGCGGACGUGAUCCGCAGUACUGAUAGCUGGAUGGACUCGCUGGAGGGAAAGGCCGACUGGGACCGCAAGCAGAAGCUGGGGGAGAAACUUCAUAAGCUCCUCAAGGGCUUCGGGAUGCGUAGCGCGGCCAAGAUCGCAAUCGCCUUGAUGGACCAGGAAGACCUCAGAAGUCUGGCACAUCUUGUCAACGAGUACCCUAUGGUUCUUCGGGAGAAGGCCCAAAAAGUGCCCGUCAAAUGAACGAUAACGCUCGAUAACACUCACGACUUGCAACUUAUUCUCCUCUAACGACAUUUCUCUGAUUUCACUUUUGCUCAAAUGUUCCUCCCUCCGAUUUGACCGGUCGGGAUAAUGCCCCCUGUUCACACACUGUGAAUGCUCUUCUCGUUUCCAAUCUCACGAACACCACCGUCCAGCAUGCUCGCGGCACGCUCGCGACCGGCAUAUCCUCUUGUCUUCCUCUAAUGACUUCACUCUUCACCGAUUCUGUCUGACAUACGUAAAUGGUCUCAAAAUCUCGCCGCAGUCCCUGACAAAUCCAUCGCAUUCCCCUUUCCACGUACUACCCCCCUCCCCCUCUUUCCCUUCUUCCCGCCGCAAUCCAAAGCUUAAA